AUGAAUUCCCUUCGCAAAUGGGCAAGGAGGAAUAGAACUCCCCUUGCGAUUGGUUUCGGAGUGAUUGGUGUAGGCUAUGUAGCUACUCAGUACGUGCUAGGAAAGAUUCAUGAUGCUCGAAAACGUAUGAGUAGUGAUCGUAUAGCUCGAGAGAAUCUUCGACGUCGGUUUGAACAAAAUCAAGAGGAUUGUACUUACACCGUCUUGGCCCUCCUGCCCACCGCCACCGAGAACAUUCUUGCAGAAUUGAAAACGGAGAGAAUCACCGACGAGUUGCAACGACAAAAAGCUGCGAAGCAGGCACGAAAUGGCGCUGAUCGUCGAUCUGAUUGGGGUUCCAGUCCUCCUAGUAUUACCGAUGACGAUGGCAGAAGCAUGGUGAGUUUUAGUGAUAGUGGAAUGCAUAUAAGUCAACUCGGAAUACCUUCAGGAUUAGAGUUGGGUGUUGAUGGAGCACAAGAUGGAGGACAACAAGGAGAACAGCAAGCACAAAAGAUCAAAAGGUCGAAGAUGCAAUUAUGGAAUGAUCUUAAGAUUAGCUCUAUCACGCGAUCAUUCACUUUGAUAUAUACACUCUCUCUUCUCACACUACUCACACGGAUUCAACUUAAUCUCCUAGGACGUCGCAGUUAUCUUUCGAGUGUAGUCUCACUCGCUACUGGUGGCGUGGAGCAGUCAACAAUAAGCUUGGAAAAUAACGAUGAUGACAAUUCAGAUCAAGCUUAUGGAAACGACUUCGAGACGAAUAGACGAUAUCUGACAUUCAGCUGGUGGCUACUUCAUAGAGGAUGGAGAGAUGUUAUGUUCAAGGUUGAAGAUGCGGUAAAAGAAGUGUUCAAGGAUACUUCUAUCAGAGAAGAGCUCACCAUGGCUAAGUUUUCUGAAUUGACGCUUGAGGUCCGUAAAAAGGUAGAAGGUGCCACCCCCGAAGACAGACAGGCUACUCGCUGGUUACAAUAUCUUUUACCCCCUCGAGACCAAGAGGAUUUUGUCAUCAAAGAAUCUGGCAUGAAAGCUAUGGAGCCUGAGACACCUUCAUCAUCACCCGUGUCACCAUUAAGACGACUCCUUGAUGAAACCUCGGAUCUUAUUGACUCUCCACCAUUUUCCCACGUUCUGACUAUGCUUCUUGAUGCCGGAUUCUCAACUCUUGUUGAACAAAAGAUCGCUCAACAAAGCUUCAAGAUUCCGUCUCAACCUGAAGAUACUCGUGUUACUGAAAUCGUUGAGCCAACUGCGGUAAAGCUUCCAUUAAUUUUAGCUGUGCUUACCAGACAGGCUCACUCCAUUGGAAAUGGUGUGCCCAAUGAAUACCUUCAAGCUAUGGAGCAGGUUAGGGAAUUAGAGGCUUUUGCCGCCGUGGUUUACUCUAGUCACGAGAAUGAGAUUAAUCCGAUUGAUGACUUUGGGAGUGCCAUGUUAGUGCCAAGGAAUGACUUGGGCGAAUCUGAAAUGGCCUCUGUGGCUUCGAAUGGCCAAGAUAGUCUUAUUGACGUGGGAACUGCUAGCAGAUUUGAAAGUGCGUGGGGAAAAGCGGUAGACCCCGCGGACAAAGUAACAUCUUUGUAG